CCCCUGCUACUGCCGUCCAUGCUGAUGUUCGCGGUGAUCGUUGCCUCCAGCGGGCUGCUGCUCAUGAUCGAGCGGGGCAUCCUGGCCGAGAUGAAACCCCUUCCCCUGCACCCGCUCAGCCGCGAGGGCGCGGCCUGGCGCACUGCAUCCCCCAAGCCUGGGGCGCCGUCCCCGGAGGACCGGGACUCGGACCUGCGAGUGCUGCAGGACGUCCGGAACCGGACUUUGCGGGCGUUGUGCCGGCAGCCAGGCAUGCCAAGGGACCCCUGGGACCUGCCGGUGGGUCAGCGGCGCACCCUGCUGCGGCACAUCCUCGUGAGUGACCGCCACCGCUUUCUUUACUGCUACGUCCCCAAGGUGGCCUGCUCUAACUGGAAGCGGGUGCUGAAGGUGCUGGCCGGCGUCCUGGACAGCGUGGACGUCCGCCUCAAGAUGGACCACCGCAGUGACCUGGUGUUCCUGGCGGAUCUACGGCCCGAGGAGAUUCGCUACCGCUUGCAGCACUACUUCAAGUUCCUGUUUGUACGGAACCCCUUGGAACGCCUCCUCUCUGCUUAUCGCAACAAGUUUGGCGAGAUCCGCGAGUACCAGCAGCGCUAUGGAGCCGAGAUUGUGAGGCGGUACCGGCCUGGAUCCGGACCUAGCCCAGCAGGAGAUGAUGUCACCUUCGCAGAAUUUCUGAGAUACCUGGUGGAAGAGGACCCAGAGCGCAUGAACGAACACUGGAUGCCUGUGUACCACCUGUGCCAACCCUGUGCCGUGCAUUACAACUUUGUGGGCUCCUAUGAGAGGCUGGAGACUGAUGCCAACCAGGUGCUGGAGUGGGUGGGGGCACCACCCCAUGUCCGGUUCCCAGCUCGCCAGGCCUGGUACCGACCAGUCAGCCCCGAAAGCCUGCACUAUCAUCUGUGCAGUGUCCCUCGGGCCCUGCUGCAGGAUGUGCUCCCCAAGUACAUCCUAGACUUCUCCCUCUUUGCCUACCCACUGCCUAAUGUCACCAGGGAGGCCUGCCACCAGUGACCAUGGGUGUGAGGCCAGCAGCUUUUGGGUACUGGUUUUGAUGCCAGCUUCCACCUGCCAUUUAGAGAAACUCUGGCUCUGGAGCUUGGGGCUUUUGCAGAAGCCAGGAUGGCAGGGACUGCCCCAGGAGCUCCUAGGCCAAAUUGGGUACCUGCAGUGGCUCAGAGACAGGUAGAGACAGGAGGCUGCUGCUCCCUACUGGGGGUAUCUCGAGUGCCAGUGUGGGCUGGUUUGCUUUGUCCCAUCUACUCCUGGACACUUCGGGCUCCUGGCUGCAGAGAAUGUGCCACCUGGUCCACCUUACUUUAACCUGUGGCCAACCCCAGAGGUGGCACCAACUAGGAGCACUGACCCUGUUGCUCUGACCCCGCAUUUACCCACCCCGUGUGCCUCGGGACUGGAGUGAGCAGUUGUGCCUUGUAAAUGACUUUGUUGCAUUCCUGCUCCAGACAAAAUUCACUGCACUUGCCAGAAUUUUGUCCUUUUUUUUUUUUUCCUUCCAAGGAAAGGAAAA